AUGGAUUCUUACGACAACCCAGCACCUGGAACUUCUCAUUCCUGGGACGAUCCUGCUUGGAAUACCCUCCACAUCGAGGAGACACUCGCAGUUAUGGAUUCGUUUAUCGAAGAACCAAACAGAGAAGAAACAAAUUUACUUAUCCAUUCACCUCAAUAUCCAAUCACGGAUUCUGAAUUAUUGGGGAUAUUGUCAGAAAAUGUAUUGGAUGAAUUGGAGACAGAUAAUGAUGGUGACUCUGAUCCCGAAUUUUUCGAAAAUGCACAUGAAAAUGCUCAAGAAGACUAUGUUACGCCUGGUGAAGCAUGGUUUCCCGGAAAACCCGACAUC